CUUUAUUUUGAUUAACUUUAACCAAAUUCUCCACAGGGGACUUUUAGUGUAUCUUUGAACCGAAAAAACAAUAAUUCGCAUACACCAGACCGACGAUCAUCGAAAAAUGAAAUAAGGGCAAGUUUGGCUAUUUGAAUAUUUUAAACGAAAUUUCCGGUCCAAAAUUUGCUUUCCAAACGAAAUUUCCGGUCUAAAAUUUGCUUUCCAAACGAAAUUGUGCACCUAAUAUUUGCUUUCCAUUGCUUUCUACUCUCUGCUGCACGAACAAAUUCUCACUAUUUUAAAAUUUUUCGACCGCAAAUUUUAAUUUGUUGUGAUUUUGUUUUCUUUAGUGGCCAUUCUGCGCAGCAUUUUUCGUUUUCAGUCUGCCAUAUUGAGAAGACUCCGACAGUCGAUGCGUAGCGGGGAGCUACCAUAAACAACAUGAUGAGCAACUCGAUUGCUCUCGAAACCUUCAAGCCGACGCACGGCGUGAAGUAAUUGUCACGUUGUAACAACUUUUAAUUGAACAGAAUAUUGACUAGUGAUGUUGAUUUAUAUUGGUGUGGUAAUCUGUGAUGUUGACAAGUUUUAAGUCGUAAAAUUUUAAUUAGACUAUCUAUCGCUCAGAUCAGUCAGCGCUGAACAACCUGUCCAAUCGACUUUAAUCAAAGGGUACUUCCGCGACGCCUGAGAUGCUUUCGGCACUUCACUCUCACUUGUCGUCGGACAAUUUUGACCUGCUGUUAGUGUUGUAUCAGUGAAACUUGACGCUUUGUUAUCUCGUAAUUCAAUCAAAAAGUCUUCGAUCAAAAUCAACAGCCGUGAAAUUUAUUUAUUCUGUAUCUGCUCCAGAAAAUGAAGAUCCUGAUGCAUUUACUCUACGCGUUCCUCUGCCUUAUAGCUGUCUCCAACGUAGACGCUAAUAAUGACGGAAUCGACUGUCCAUUCUGCAACAAGAGGGAGUGUUUCUCGGCCAUGGCUCAGCUGGAUUGUGGACCAGCAGGCUAUGCCAGGGAUGUGUGUGGUUGUUGCUUCAGAUGUGCCGCCUCAGAGAACGAAAUGUGCGGAGGCUUCCGAAAUCUAUUCGGUCAAUGUGGAUUCGACAUGUACUGCAAACCACAGCCGAUUCCCUACCAGAGUGACCAACCUAUUCCCAGGUACGGAUACUGCACCAAACUGGAGGGAGUGAGAAACUUCCAGAACGACCUGAUAGAGAGCAAGCAGCUGAUGCUGGAUGUGAUCACUGAGGAACUGCAGCAGCAGAUCAAGAACUCUCCAAUGGACUAUCCUGAUAUCGGAUUCCAAGCAGACCCAAAUUCGUUUCAAAUGGACGACAGCAACUACUGGGCAGCUACAGAUAGGGGAGUGUUUGGGGAGGGACUGGAGCAGGGGGCGACAUUCACGACUGAGAACCAAUUGUGGGGCCAGUGUGCCCCUCCCUGCAGCCGCCAGCUGUGUCUCGACUACCCCAGGGCCAUAUGCUCGGCCAAAAACAUACUAAGUCCCACCCACAAGUGUGACGACAACCCCUGUGAGCACACUUCGUGCCUGGCCUGUGGCUAUGAGCCAGACACUUCAGUCUGUGGCUAUUGCGAAGAGGAGACGAAAACUCUCAAGUAUGACAAGUGCAUGAUCAGAUUCGGAAAGUGUGUCAAGACCAUGCGCAGAGUUACCAAGAAAAACCCCGACAUGUACCUCAAGCAAGGAGUAAUCAGCUACGAGUGUGCAGUGCCGAAGUGUGGUACCAGCAAUUACCUGAAGAUGAAGUGAACAAAGAAACAAUCCAAUUGAUUUGAACUGCAGAUUAGGACUAAAAAAGAAGUUCAUUCUCCGCCGUUCUUACACAAUUUUAAUUUUAAUGAGCACAAUUGCCUAAUUUACACUUUCCACUUCGUAGCUAGUUCAAAUUGAAAUAUUUUUGAAUUCA